AUGGCCCAAUCUGUGUUUCUGCCUCGAACCAAUCUGCCCACUUUUACACCUCAGUCGCCUGAUCCCACACCCUUGAGGACCAUUGCGUUCUCAGUCGCCGAGUCGGCGCUUCAAUCCGAUCCUAACUCGCCUGCCCUCGAUUCGCUCGCAUAUACUGGUCCUCGUCCGUUCAUUCGCGGUCAGUGGCUCGAUCAAUGGACAGUAGAAGACCUCGAGAAUGUCCCGGUGCCCUUGGACCCGCACUACGGCGGCAAGCGAGCCGGAGAAGGACGAAAGUUGAUGAAUGUGGUGGAGAGAGCUAAAGAGAGGAGGGAGCGUGAGAAUCUGCCACCCUUGCGUACCAAGUCUUCAUACCCUGCCCCCGCCAGUCCACCCUUGUCGCCUUCCUACAACUUUGUACUGCCUUCCAACUCACCCCUCGCCGCAUCGAUCGCCGCCACGCCUCGCCAGAACGAGUCUCACUUCACCCAGCGCACUGAUAUCCCCACUCCCCCCAGUGCGCUGAGACGGACUAAUGUCGCUCCUACCCCACCUCCGAACGUCACACGACCACGUCCGCCUAUCCUUACCGUGACGCCGCCGAGCAAGAAGACUGUACCGCUGUACACUCGCUCUGUUGAGCCCAGCCCAACGAGACCCAUGUUCGGAGUUCAAAGUCCCACAGCAUUGACAUUUGCAAGCAUGGACAAGCGAAACCCUCCUCCAGACUUUGUUCCUCGACUUUCAGCGACCGAACUCUCUGCUCGACUCGGAUUGAAUGAGUCUGCUCGUACUCGUCGUGACCCAACAGGCGAGUCUCAACUCGCAGUUGCCAGACCCCACCGCACGCUCGUCAAGCUCCCAUCUCUCGCUCAGAUCCAAGCCAAGGUAUCCAAAACUGAGGAUGAUGCCCAACGUGCCGCGAACCGAAUGGUCAUUCCUCCCACGCAGGGUGUUCAAGGCCAAGGCGAUUCGAGAGCUCCUCGUUUCCCCAUGGCUACGCCUUGGAAGUCAUAUCGAAACGAUUCUCAAGGAUCUCUCGAGAUCCUUCAGACGCCGACAGACGAACUUCCGCCCCUGACUCAGCCGAUGGUCUCUGCCCUCAGUAGGCCAGCUACACCCCCUUCGCCAACCCUUCAACAGAUGGGCAAAGACUCGCCUGGACUGGCGAUGUUCCUUCGGCAACGCACCAGUGGUCGACUCAAUCGAUCCCGACCGCUUUCUAUGCCUCCUUUGGCCGCUGGUGAAUCCCUCAACUUUGAUGCCUUCCUCCCUCCCAAAGCAUCGCUUCCCCUGCCUACGCGAUCCAACUCAACAUCCCCUACUCGUCCUUUCCUCGCAUUGACCGAGAAUAGACUCCAUCAGACAAUCGCCAAUCGACGAUCUGUAUUCAUCGGAGGUGACAUUGCGACGCCACCACAUCGAUCCAUGUCUCUCACUCCCUCGCUCAUCUCACCCACGGACUCUACCCGAUCGUAUCGAUCGUCCUCGAGUGGAUCUCCCACGCUCCCAGUACCCAUGAUCACUUGCACACCUGCGCCUGUCCGCAUGCUCAAGGACGGCGUGGAGCAAGAUUCAGACGAGGAAGAAGGGGAUGUAGUCUUGUUUGAACGUGAGGACGAGUGGAGUGAUGAUGUCGAUGAGGAACAAGUGGAGGAUAUCCAAAGGGAGCAACUGGCCAGGAUGAUGAAGGCAAAGUUGGGUCUCAGGCGACCAUCCCAGUGA